AUGACACAGGGGUUGCUCAAGGUUGCUUUCGUGUUUGCGGCCGCCGUCGGCAGCUGUCUUGGGCAUGUCGGAACAUUGGAAUCAAAUUGUGAGCUGGAGCGAAAGCGCGCGGUUUUGGCUUCAUUGCACACAGUGCUCAACACAUUCCUUUCGCAUUGGAUUUGCCGAUUGAACUCUGGGAUAUACUGCAAGACAGGACGAGACGGCAGACCAUAUUCGGAAGGGCGACCGUUUUUUGCUGGAUCUGAUGGUGAUUGGGCGGUGUCUGGCCAUUCUGGGGAAAGUUUGGAGCAAACCAAUUUCUUGUUCGAGGUUGCAACUUCAAUCUCGCCACGACAAAUCUGCGAGGUUGGCUUCAAUGCUGGUCAUUCAGCAUUGACACUGCUUGUUGGAGCUGGAAGCAACUCCUCUUAUGUGGGUUUCGAUUGGUCCAUCUUGAACCCUGGCUUGAACGAGGAACUUUUCAGGAUGAUUCGGGAUUGGCUCCCUUCAAACAAUAUGACUAUUGUUUGGGGAGAUGCGGACCCCGGCAUUCGAGCGUUCCUGCUCCAAGGAGGCGGAGGGAUCUGCGAGCUAACUGUUUUUGACGGCCCGCACGAUGUUCUCCAAGUGCUGAAAUUCAUGCCUUUGUUGAGGGUCAUGGCUAAGCGGUCUCGACCUUUUCUUUUACUGGACGAUGUGGGUUGCACGGCAGCCAUCUGCCAUCAUUCCACACUGGCCUGGCGCUUCCUCCUUUGGCUUGGGAUGGUCAGUCCCAUCAGCUGUCGAGUUGCCCUGCGGCAUGCUGCUGGAGAAAUGGGUGCUUGCCUAGGGCGUUUUCAGUGGGGGAAAGUGCUGCGAUGCCAUACCUUCGACGCGCGGUGUGUUGCACGCACACUCGGAAUGGUGGAGCAGCUGCAGCGGGAGCGUUGGAUUGGGUGCUGCCUGGUAGCGGCAGCCCAGGCGAAGCCAGAUGCUUAUUUGGUUCAGAUUCAGAUCUGA